CGUCAUGUCUUCUCCCAGAAAGUUUGUAGGAAUUCCCCCAUCCCUUCUGCUAUCAACAAAGCUUAAUGGCGGAUGAGAAUCCGAGACCCUCGAAAAGAGCACGAAAAUCUUGCUCUCGAUGUCGAUCUAGAAAACAAAAAUGUCAUGGGUUUCCUGUUUGCGCAAACUGUGCGAGCGCGAAAGAAGAAUGUAUACAACCUCCUUCUGCAAUCGAGGAAUAUAAUAGGUGCGCAAAUUUUUGCACUUCAGUGACUUGAAAAAAGAAUUUUGGCUCACACUGUGUCAGUGGUCCAAACCAAUCCCUCCUUGAGAGGAUAUCGAUAUUAGAAGCGCAACUGGCAGCAUAUACAGACAGCUCUCCAGAUGCGCGCACUACCCCCCAACAGAUCCUCGAUCCGUGCCUCAUGGCCUCACCAAUUGGAGAGGAAGGGCCAAAGAAGAACAAUAUUGCAGAAAUUGUUGGCUUUAUCAGUCUCGGUGGAGAUGGCGCAUAUGAUGGAUCAUCAAGUGGCUUCUCUUUGGCCACCCAUCUCGGCCAGAUGGUGCAGGCCACGGUAUGGAAUAAGGCCCUGGCUUCUACUGUUUCCCAGAGCCAGCCCAAGGCUAUGACUAUAGUAGAUCUAAAGAGGAACAUUUCCGGGCCGCCCAAUGAUGCCAUUGGCGACAGAAUUCUAGAUACCUAUCUCACCCGGGUCCAUCUCCGAUAUCCAUUUUUGGAAAGAACCGAAAUCUGGAACGACAUGCAAAUCGAUUUCAGCAGAACAAUUCUCCACCUCAAGAUCAAUAUGGAACCGUCAAAAUCUAUAUGAUAUAUGCAAUUGGAGCUACGAUGUUGAAAUUGACCGAGCAGUAUGACUACACGGCUCCUGAGAACUUUUUUAUGACUGCUCUACAGUAUAUUUCUGCUGCACGCGAGUCGCACUCUGUUCAUAAUAUCGAAGCCAUGACUCUUCUUGUGCUGUACAAUUUACGCUCUCCUUCAAAUUCGGGUAUCUGGUACAUGAUCGGUUUAGCUAUUAGAACAUGUAUCGACUUGGGAUUGCACCGUGAAGCAUAUUACAGCACUCUGUCUCCUUACGAGGGACAAUUGAGGAGAAGAUUAUUUUGGAUCGUUUGUUUUUUGGAGCGAGUCAUUGCAGUUUCUCUUGGACGGCCUUAUAGUGUAGCGGAUCGAGAUAUUGAUGUUGCAAUGCCUAUCGAGAUUGAUGAUACAGUCAGAGAUAACAAUUUGAUUGCUCGAACUGUCGCCGCCUCCCACUCUCCCACAUUUCAGUCUUCAAAGCCAUCAUCGAAUAUUACUAUGACGGUUCAAUGCUUUCGACUCAAACGUUUGGAGUCACAUAUCCAAGAGAAGAUAUACCGAGUGGAUCGCCCAAUUUCAAGCCUCAUCACAAAAAUCAAUCCCAUUUUAAAAAUGUUGGAGGGUUGGCAUAGAGCUCUUCCACCAUCCUCUCCUUAUGAGAGUGAUUAUCUCGGAAUGCAUUACUACAAGGCAGUUCGUCUACUGUUGCAGCCAUUUUUGACCAUUCUCCCACCAACGGACCAGCGCAUUGCCCUGUGUUUACAGGCCUCCGGACAAUUGUGCCAAAUAUUCAAACGUCUACAUCAGAGAGACAGUUAUGGACAUUCCUUUAUAGCUCUUCACUCGGUUUUCAUCGCAGGUGUGACUAUGUGGUGAGUUGUGCUUGCCCUGCUCCGAGUCCAAUGGCUAAUCUAUCAACAGUUAUUGUCGCUUCAUAUCUCCAAAUCUUUGGACAUUUGCGGUUUCUAACGAUCUCCGGGCUUGUUCUAGUGCCCUUUUUGUAAUGGCUGAACGCACACCUGUCGUGAAGAAGUACCGAGAUGCACUUGAAAAUGUGAUUGGAGCAACAAUGGAGUUCCUCGCGCAAGCACCUUCAACAUAAAAAAUCGACCUUGAUCAUGAUCCCGCAUUAUUAUCUUCUGAACCAAAUGGUGCAACGGCCGAUAACCCUGGUCUCUCUUCGUCUUCUCCCAGAUUUAUGAGUGCACCUACAGAAAGUUAUCUCCGCAGCAAACCUCGAAAUGGGGAUAUUGUGACAGUUUUUGAUUUAGUGAAUAAGGGUUCGCUUAGCGAAGUUGCGGGUGUACCCUUCCGUAGAUAGACAAAUACCUAAGGAGUGCGAAGAGCGUCUCUCUUCCCUCCUUGCGAACAAUCUAUUCCUUGAUCCCCACCAUAACAGAUAUGAACCAGCCCGGAGAUCUUUCAGUAUUGUAUGAUUCUUCUGUCAAGGACUCGAAUUCGGACGCUUUUGAGUAUAUGCCCUUGACCCAUAAUUCUCCUGGAGCUGCAGCGAGAGUUGAGGGUAGGGCAGGAGAGCUGGGACAAAUAGAUGCCGAAUGGUUGUUGAGUCUGUGUGAAGGGGAUGGUUUCAACUUGCAGAUGUUGAAUGAAAUGAUGAGGUUUGAGCCUAGUUUGGGUGCUUGAUUAAGGAGAUAUAUGGAAUACCCUUAUAUUUA